UUUUACACUUCCAUUGAAUGCCACAUUAUGUACAGGCUAAGUCGCUGACACUUUAGGUUAACUAUACUCCUAAUGUGUUACUAGAUUACACUUUGAACAUUUUCUGACAAAAUAGUCAUGUCAUUUAAAAGGGAAGGCGAUGAUAAGAGUCAGCUGAAUAUACUCAAGAAACGGCGCGUUGCAGAUCUUAUGUCAAGCUUUAUUCCAGAAGAUGAAGCAGCCCUUCUGAGCAAUGGAAGAUAUACUUGUCUUGUGUGCUCCUUUCGUCCUGUGUUUGACACCGUUGACAUGCUGACAGUCCACAGGAAAGGGAAAAGACAUCUAGAAGGAUUAAAAGCAUUCUAUGGUAAGAAAGCGGAGUUGAAGCAUGAAAUAACAAAAAGGAAACAAGAAAACUUCAUCCGAGCGGAAGAAGAUAGGAGACAGGAAGGAUCCAGUUCAGCUCCAUUAUUGGCAAAAACACGGAAGCUGACCAAUCAUGCUCUGCUGAAGACAGUACCAUAUAACAGCUGCCAUCGCAGAACCAGUACAAAAACUGAAAAAGGACCGGUGAGCAGAGCCUCAGGACCAAGUGGCACCACUUGUAGCAAAACUUCACUUGAGUAUCUGGACCCACCUAAGAGAGCGUCAGAGUCAGAAGUUUCUGGUUGCACAAGAGAAAAGUCACAUCCUACAAAACCCUCAGGAGGGCGCCCCCUAGCAGCGAUACCAGAACCUGAGCCCAUGACACCCCAGAGGAGACUAGAGAUGGAGCAUUAUCUGAAACUGAAAAGUGAUGGAUGGAUCCAGGACCGGAGCGGACAGUGGGUUAAAGACCAGAAUGUGGAGUUUGAUUCCGACGAGGAGGAGCCUCCUUCACUUUCCACCAUGCCUUCAAAUCACUGAGGUCCAAGUGCAUGUCAUUAUUCUAAAACAUGAAGACAUCCCCCACUUAAAAAGAUGACUUUAUGUUAAUACAAUUUAUUACGUUGUGUCAGCCCCACCGUGCUGCCUAUAAUAAAGGCCUAGGAACAUUUUCUACAUGCUGGUGACAUCAUGGCGUCCAUUUGGGCCAAGACACCAGCAGCUGAACACAAACUUGACUGUCUUGUCACUAUUCCCAGUGGCCUCUGCUGCCCCCCUAGUAUCCUCACUCGGCUUAGGUGUAAACCUGCAACGAACGAGCAGUUGGGUGCUAAUUUGCCUCGGGAUUCCAGCAGUUAGCCUCGCUAUUGCGUCAAAUUAGAGAAGACCUUCAGGGUCAGGUCAGCCGGGGAGGGGGCUGCUUCCUGUUGACGGCGCUAAUGUGUCGAAAGCGCCCUGCGUCAUUAUUUUGGCUCUCACCUUGUCAAAGUGACCUUUGACAAGGUCAGAGAGAGGUCAAAGUGGAGCACUUUAAGGAGCAGAAACAUGAAAAACGGGAGCAGAGGGCGAAGGGAAUCCAGACAAUGUUGUGGAAAUCCUGGGAGGUUAGCAGCUGUUUGUGCUCAUAAAGCGCUGAGGUCGCAAACAGACUCCUCUUCUAUUUGGAAGCAGGAAACUGAAGCCUGCAGGCCAGGAUCCCUUACUCUUUGGGCCCUGGGGGGGUAAAAAUAGCUGGGGUGCUUGUGGGAAGUGCGAGGAUCAGGAGAGACUUAAAGAGACUUACGUGAUUAAAGUGAAACCUUAGAAUGUUGUCAAUAGAGGAGCCGCUCAACACUUUACCAAAGAAGAAGAAAUCACUGUCAUUUAGGCAUAAAUUCAAACGUACUGUAAAUCCAAACUGCUGCUCCCGUAUUAAUGCAAAAUACGUUAUUGCAACAAAUAAAAUGUACAAAAUGUUUACAAAGAGUAUUUGAAUAAAUAUUUUAAUUAAAGUAUUUACAGAUGCUCCUCCCCCCACAAUGAGAUGAAUCAUUGGGCGGCACAAAGAGGACACAUCCUGCCUUUUAAAAAAAGACAGAUUGUGCUCUCAGCGACAAGUGAAAUGGUUUGGAUGUUUCUGUGCUCAGCUCAGCAGCCCCAUCCACCUUCUACUCUUCAUCUUCAUCUUUUCAUCUCAGCCUCUGCUGGCGAACUGCAGAGUGGAACACAACGUGAGAAGACAUCACAUGCAGCCAAGCGCCAUUCUGGGUUCAUUCCUUCUUACUCAUGUCAUUGUUUCGCGUCAUGGCCAUGGCAGCUCGUGCUCGGGGACCCUGCUGCGUGAAGUGGUAGCCAAACUUCAGGAUGCUGGAGUUGUUCUCCAACAUGGCAGCGAUCUCCAUCUCCACUGAGUCACCCAACUUUUGUCUCUGUAGGACAGAGAGGAGAGUGUCAGGCAGGCCAAGACUUGAGGAUUGAGAAGUUUUCCAUGGCAGACCUGGUUGUCGAUCUUGAGCUCCACCAGCGUGGCGUUGUUGGCCAUCGCCUUGAUGACGGCCAUCAUGCCGUCUGAGGUGAUGAAGUUGGACUCGAUGUUCAGACUCUGCAGGCUGGUGUUCUCCUGCAGCAUCUCGGCACACGCCUGACACACACAAAAACUGUAUAAUGAAAACUAGACCUUAAUACAAGGGUCAAUUAAGGACUUGUGGUUUUUGGACUCACAUAGGCCACGGGAUCGUUGCUGCGAGUGGCGGCAAUGCUCAGAACUUCCACGUGAGAGUUUCCCUUCAUUGCCUCAAAGAUGUCUUUCAGUGUCGGGAUGGGAAUGUCCUGAAAUGACAGCAAGCCUUUGUGUUACUAUGGUAACCAUGAUUGCAUCUUCUUCCUUGGUGGUGAUGUCACUCAGUGCUGACCAAAAAUACUGUUGAUGAAGUAUCUGACUGCAGCAAGCUUCUUUACGGUUCUUUGUCCUUGGACUGACCUUGAUGUUGUUAAGGUUGACCUCUGUCAGGCUGCUGUCGUUGCUGUGGAUCCUCUCCAGAGUCUCCUCCACGUUGGUGGUGUUGGGAGGCUCAUCAGGGAAGAUCUUAAAAGGAUCUGCUUUCACGACGCCUGAAGGUGAAACAGUAGUAAUAAUAAGUUAGAAGUGAAGUAAGUUGUAGAAGCACGAGCGUCGGUGUACGUACUGUUGAUGCCCUCAGUGUUGGCGAUGGUUCCGGUGGUUCCCAGUGCGUCGUAGUACUGCUUGUUGCUCAUCAGCGUAUACAUUCCCAGGAUAGCUGCAUGUGCAGGGAAACAUUGAGGACAUUUAAAUACGAUGUUCUGAUCUGGGAAACGGGUCGCUUGCACCAGCAGGAGGAGCUGUAUGCUGCCUCGUCUCCUGUGAAGCCCCGGCCUAUUUGUCAAGAUAAGAAUGUUGUUGUUGGGAGGAACGUCAUCGUGUUGUCUUACAGUUCCUCAGCAGAAAGAAAGCAUAUUUUCUGACAUGAUAAGAAGUGCCAACGAGAUAAAGUUGGUCCUUUUUGUUCUUGCUGUAAUAGCGUCGGUAUAUGGACCACAUAAGGUGCUGGAAGGAGAAAAUACUGCCAGAGUUUGGAUUGUCUGUUUGUAAGCAGACAGUACAAAUAUCUUAAAUUGAGUUCCUAGCACCACAAAGGUUCCUAUUAUGUACUUUUGACGUCAGUCAUGUUGACCAUGAAAUUCUCCUUCUAGAAUACUCUCUUAAUAAUAAUCUCUUUCCCUUAAGGUGGGAAUCCCUCAAGGGUGCAUUCUAGGCCCACUGUUCUUUUGUGGACCAUCAGACAGAAUCGUGGGUCAAGUGGUUGAAAUUAGUUUACUCCGUAGGGUGGCUGGGCUUGACCUUAGGGUUAGGUUGAGAAGCUUUGUCAUAUACGGCAGCCACUGCUCCUCCACAUUGAGAGGAGCCAGACAGGGAGGCUCUGCCUCUGGCUUGGAUCUCCGUUCAAGGUAUGUAAGAUGCAGGACACUUGGGAACGCCUCAGGAGCAUCAAGUAUGGGUUUCUCAGCUUCGGCUGACCUGAUCCCAGCGGAUAAGAGGAAGAGGUCGGAUGUAUGGAUGCAUGCUGUGUUCAUUGCCAUCUUGUUCAAAGGCUAAGUAGACCUGAACACGCUCCUUAUCAUCACCAGGAGGGGGCAGCACUAUGUGCACAUAUGCUAUAACCUGCCUUCCAGCAAACUGUGUCACACACCACCUGCUGUGACACCCCCACCCCACCACCCGCUGACCCUGGGCAGGGCCACCAUGCAAAGGCAGGCCAGUGAGACAGCUGCCUGCUUAGCCAUAAACACCCCAACCCCCAACCAUGCGCCCCUGAGAAUAACCCUUCUAGCUUUACAGCUCCAUCUAGCCUAGCAGCAGACUAGUGUGCCAAGUGUAGCAACAUGCUAACAUCAUAAAUAAAACUGUUCAUGACAUGUGUUGAACUAGUCUCACUCUAGCCCAGCUCUUCAUCCCUUUUGACCCGCUUGCCAAAAAGCCCAACAAAAGGCUGACAGAAGCUAACUGAGCUCUAAUCUUCAUCUGGACCCGGUCCAGUUUCAAGCACCACGGAUGUGGACAGUCAGCCAGUGACUGGAUACACCGAGGAUCACUGUCAACAUGCUUUGGCCCUUUAUGAGGAGGCUUUUAGAACCUAUGUGGGUUUCAGCAGAACCAAUCAAUUUGAUUCUGGCAGAGAUGCUAGUUAGACUUUAACACCAAAAACCUGGAUCAUUCAUCAUCAUUCCAUUGCCAUUCCAUUGCAAUGUGGUCUUUAAUGUGGUUCACUUAACCAGACGGUCUCUAGUGGUCUCAGUUAAUAUCCCGAAGGUUUUCUUAAUUAUGCAGAAAACAUCAGUUAGUCACUUUCUGUUUCAGUAUGUGUGCUUUAAAAAGAUAUCCUAUCUUUCUCUCACACACACACUACACCCUUAUAGACCAGCUCGUUUAUUUUUGAGUUGCUGAGUUCGGGGAAUCGGACCCCGUUGCAUGUCUGGCUGUGGGACGUCGUAGAUGUUAGGAGAACCAGAACUAUUUGGGUCAGAGCCACUGUGCUGGGACAAAGGGUUAACCUACCACGGCUGCAGACAAAGAAGAAACAUGGCUGGUUUUGUUUUUCUGUCAUUAGUGAACUCUGUCACAUGAUGUUCUCAUCAAGUUGAGAAAAUAUUCAAACAAAGAACUCUUUGUUUGAAAUACACAAUCAUUGUGUCAAAUCAUCAGUUUAUGCACAGUAUUUUUACGCCUGUCAGCAGAUAAUACUUGAAAUUAAAGCAGUUAAACACUGCUAAAAAUAAUUGGACCUGAACUUUGAGGGGCGGUCCAUCAGCCACGGAAUAAGCCAGUACAU